GUUUCGUUGGUGCGGCUCGAGCGGCUGCGGCUCGCGACUACGAUUGGCUGCAGUCGCAGCCGCAAUGUAGAGUGUUUUAUUUUAGUGCGUCUCUAAAUGAAAGCGAUUGCGAUUUAGAUUGGUUUAAAAGAUCUUGCUGUAUGAUGUGGAAGGUCUAAGUCGUAGAAAAUGAAUAAUAGUGAUCUGUUAAGUGUGAUUCUCUUAGAAGAAGAGGAAGAAGAUGAAUGGCUACAACUGAAGUUAUUAGAAAAACAAAGAUGUGAAAAACACGAUAUAUUCCAAAAACGUACAGAAGAAGGAUUUUUUAGUCUACUCAUAAACGGACAUUUAAAAGAGGACGAAAAAAAGAGAAUUUUUCCGGUUAAAUCCCGAGCAAUUUGAUUUUGUUCUGUCACUCAUACAAGAGGAUAUAGAAAAGCCUGGAACGAAUUGUGUAAAGUUUCCAAUAACAGCAGAGGAAAAGCUGGCGCUAACUUUAAGGUAUAUGGCAACUGGGGAGUCUUUCAGAUCUCUUAGAUUUGCUUUUAGAAUCUCCCACAGUUACAUAAGUGUAAUCAUCCGAGAAACUUUAUCAGCAAUAUGUAAACAAUUGGUGCCCAUUUUUAUUCCAACGCCAACAAAGGAAGCAUUGACCAAAAAAGCUGAAGAAUUUUGGGAACGAUGGGAUUUUCCGAACUGUAUUGGAGCCUUGGAUGGCAAGCAUGUUAGAAUAUUUGCUCCAGCAAAAUCUGGAUCUUUAUACUUUAAUUAUAAAGAAUACUUUUCCAUUGUUAUGCUUGCUUUAGUUGAUGCAAAUUGUAAGUUUAUUGCUUUAGAUGUAGGGUCGUACGGAAAAGAAGGUGACAGCUCAAUAUUUAAUAAAUCGGCUUUUGGAAAAAAAGUAAUGCACUUUCAGAAUUUUUUUCCGGCAGAUCAAAAAUUGCCUAAAUCAAAUAAAGUAUUGCCGCAUGUAAUUAUCGGAGAUGAGGCGUUUCGUUUGGAUAAACAAUUAAUGAAACCGUUCACUAAAUUGGCAGCCACUGCUGAUAAAUCAAAAGCCAUUUUUAAUUACCGUUUGAGUAGGGCAAGAAGAGUGAGUGAAAAUGCUUUUGGUUUGCUAUCUCAGGUGUUCAGAGUGUUUUAUACUCCUAUAGCUGUAAAACCAGAGGUAUGUGAUGACUUGAUAUUAGCCGCCUGUUGUUUACAUAAUUUAUUGCGAGAAGCAUAUUUGGAAAGAAAAGGGGUUCCCUACUAUGAAUAUGAUUCAAAAGAAGAAAACUCGAAUGUUUUUCGGAAUCUUACAGGAGCGGGGGGAUAUCAAAACGUUGAAGGGUUCCAUGUGAGAGAUGAGUUUAUGAGGUUUUUCUCACAGGAAGGGAUUGUCGAAUGGCAAAAUCAGCAGGUUUCGAAAGUAUAAGACAAUCUGUACAUGUUAGUAAUCCAUUAUUAUGAUAUUACAACCUUAUACUGAUUUCAAUGUAUAUUGUUAUUAUAAACAGGGAUCACAAGAAAAACCUAAUAAAAAAUGUUUACAUGAAAAUUUGUUUUUUUAUAAAAAUUCCUAGAAUAAAAUGAGUUUCAAAAUAGAACAAAUAAAUACGCGGUACAUGGUGUUCCCAACUAGAGUGUAUUCAAUUUCAAUCAAAGUAGGAUGUAAACAAGCGAUAUCGGAUGAUUGCAGCAUGCCGUGACGGCAUGGCCAUGUAUUAUUGGUUGGCAAGCAAUAAAUGCCCUCUAUGCAGGAGGAUCGAAAUUUUUCAGGCCAAAAUCCAAGCAACCAUUUGUCUUUCCUCUCCCAUAUUCAAUACGAGUGAUAAAGGUAACUCAACCCCUUGGACAGCGCCAGUCUUUAAUCGAUCACCAGUCGCCGGUAUUGCAGUUCCCGUGACUCGAACGUACAUUAUUUUGUUUACAUCGAACUUUUAUUGAAUUUGAAUAGACUAUAUAUAAAUUAUUUGAUGGCUAUGAAACUGAGCCAAAAAAGGAAAAACAAAC